AGGCUUACUCUCACUUCCUCUUCCUCUUCAAAUUACGCCCAACACUUUCUCUCUCCUCCUCAUUUUCUCUCUCUCUUCACACCUCUUCGUCUUCUUCUCCUUCACUGAGCUCCUCUGCAUUUCAAGCUAGCUUUCGGAGAGGCAACUAGCUAGCUUCGACUCUUUAGUUUUGGAGAAGCGGAGCUUCGAGCUUACAGAGAAAUGGAUGGAAGUAAUUCUAGUGUAGAUGACAAUGAUGUUGACUGGAACACAGAUGAUGAAAUCGACAACUUCACUCUCUCGCCUUCUUCGAGUGUGAUACAUCCUCGUGGAGAAGCUAAUGUGCUCUCUUGGGAGGUGAGCUCAGCUCCAAGUUCUCCCAAUACCAAAGUUCUUGAUCAGUUUAUAGGGAUGGGAUUUUCUAAGAAGAUGGUUUCCAAUGCAAUUCAGAAACAUGGAGAAGAAAAUACAGAUGCAAUUUUGGAAAUGCUCCUCACAUAUUCGGCUCUAGAAAGUUCAACUCAUGAACAGAAACAAAUGGAUUCUGAUCACUUCUCCUCGGAUUAUGUGGAAAGCUUUCUAGAUGGUUUUUCAGAUAUGGAUAGCUGUGAUGAUGAGGAAAUCAUAAGUCAUACAUCUGAGGAGGAAAAACUAAUGUCCUUGAUCACAAUGGGGUACACAGAAGAGGAGGCUUCCAUGGCAGUAGAAAGAUGUGGUCAUAACUCCUCACUUCUGGAAUUGACUGAUUUUUUAUCUGCUGCUCAAUUGGCAAAGGAAGAAGAUGCCCUUCUUCCUCUUGAAGAGAAGCCCAGACUAAAACAUGUGCACACUGAUCCUAAGAAGAAGAGGAAAAUUAUUGUAUCUGAUAUAUCGAAAAGGAAAAGGCAGAUGGGGCACAUAGACACAGAUACUGAGACACUUUGCCUCCCAAAUCCAAUGAUUGGGUUUGGGAUUCCAACUGGAGCAUGGAAAUCUAACAGAAUUCUUCCAAAGGCAGCCAUAGGGCCUCCAUAUUUUUAUUAUGAGAAUGUCGCCCUUACUCCUAAAGGGGUUUGGGACACUAUAUCCAAAUUCCUAUAUGAUGUUCCCCCUGAGUUUGUUGAUUCAAAACAUUUCUGUUGUGCUGCUAGAAAAAGGGGUUACGUCCAUAAUCUUCCUACUGAGAACAGAUUUCCUCUUGUUCCGCUCCCCCCACAAACCAUACAUGAGGCAUUUCCCUUGACAAAAAAAUGGUGGCCUUCUUGGGACAUAAGAACAAAGCUAAACUGUAUAGUAACUUGCUAUUCUAGUGCAAAGUUAUCAGAGAGGAUAAUGAAGCUUCUCGAGGGCUGUGAUGGCACUCCACCAGAAAGAGUCCAGCGGGCUGUUAUACAUGAAUGCUGUAAGUGGAAUCUAUUGUGGGUUGGAAGAAAUAGGGUUGCCCCACUUGAGCCUGAUGAAGUGGAAAUGCUCAUGGGGUUUCCAAAGGAUCACACAAGGGGAAUGAGCCGCACUGAUAGAUACAAAUCACUUGGCAAUGCAUUUCAGAUUCACACUGUGGCAUACCACUUCUCGGUCUUGCGGGACAAGUUUCCCAGUGGUAUAAAUGUCCUCUCUCUGUUCUCCGGGAUAGGUGGAGCAGAAGUAGCCCUCCAUCGUCUUGGGAUCCAUAUGAAGAAUGUGGUGUCCAUAGAGAUAUCAGAAGUGAACAGAAACGUUGUGAGGUGUUGGUGGGAGCAAACAAACCAGACGGGAAAUUUGAUUCACCUUGCUGAUGUAAAGGAGCUAGAUGCUAACAGAUUGGAACAGUUGAUGUUUUCAUUCGGCAGUUUUGAUCUUGUAGUGGGUGGGAGCCCCUGCAAUAAUCUAACAGGCAGCAAUAGAUAUCAUCGAGAUGGACUCGAGGGCAAAGAAUCUUCACUUUUCUAUCACUACUUUCGAAUUCUGGACUUGGUCAAGUCUAUUAUGGCAGGAUAAACAAAGUGGAUGUAAAAUCUAUUUGGUUCGUGGUACUACUAUCUAAUCCCUCCUAAAACCUGAAUAUUGACAACCAAGACAAUAGAGAAAAGGUUUUGGGUUGCUUGGUGGAUAACAAUUAAUUAAUUGUCAAAAAGGGCUCAUAUAUAGCCUUGAUUGAGAAUAGGUUGUACGUAUUGUAACUCAACUCAGCUAAUUGCUUCAGACAUGGCUUUACUUGGUUUCUUUCAUAAUACUGACGAUGAUGACAAAUACAGUAAUGACAUACAAGAAAGGCCGAUAGCCGGGUAUAAGGAUAAAGCCAUAAAGGCCUAGUCAAAGCAAGAAGAUUGGAAGAAUGCUUGAUUUCAGUGAUGCAGAUUGGUCUCUCAUGCUCCACAGUAUCACCAAGUGAACGCAUCCUGAUGAAUGUGGUUGUGAACAAGAUGACUGCAAUUAGAGAUUCCUAUCUCAA